AUAGUUCAGUGGAUGUUCAGUGGUUUCGUGAUCCGUCAUAAGUGUAUAUUCCAGAAAUCUUUAAUUUUCUAACAUUUUUCAUUAUUGUAUUAAAAGUUUUCCCGAGAUUUUCAGAACAACUAAUAUGACUGAAUCGUUUUUAUCAAUUCUGAAGCAUUAAAUUGUUUUCCUUUUAAAAUUAUCUGCUCAAAAUGUUGACGUCGUCUGGGUGGGAAAUUGUUUGCAAAAUAUUCACCUCCAGUUAACGUGUUUCAAGUUUUAAAGGUUAUGCUUUUAGCUUUGUAUUAAUGAACUAUCUCGUAAAGAAAAUUCAAGGUUAAAUUUUUCAUAAUGGAUAUGUUUAAUCGAAUUAAGAGUACUGUGUCAAACUUCAGUACUGUUUUACCUGGAAAUCCAGUUACUAGAGAGUAUGAAAUUAUAGAGCAUAUUGCGAGUGCAGGACCUGCUUUGUUGUGGAAAGUAUAUAAAGGCAUUAAAAAGUCGACUAAAGAAGAAGCUGCUGUAUUUGUACUUGAAAAGAAAUUAUUAGAAAAAUAUUCGAAACAUGAAAGGGAAUCUGUGUUAGCAAUUUUAAAGAAAGGAAUAGCAACUUUGACUCGUCUAAGGCAUCCUAGCAUAUUAACGGUACAACAGUCUCUGGAAGAAUCCAGGGAAAGUUUAGCAUUUGCCACGGAACCAGUUUUUGCAAGUUUGGCAAACAUUCUUGGCUAUCAAGAAAAUAUGCCUGUGCCUCCACCUAAAUCUUUGAAAGAUUUUGAGCUGUAUGAUAUUGAGAUCAAGUAUGGAUUUCUGCAGCUCACUGAGGGUUUAGCAUUUUUACACAAUGAUGUCAAAAUGAUGCAUGGUAAUAUAAAUCCUGAAUCAAUAUUAGUGAACAGAAAUGGAGCAUGGAAACUAGCAGGAUUCGAUUUUUGUUUUCAAUUUUCCAUGAAUCCUGAUUCACAGAAUGAACAGUUCAGCUUUGGAGAAAUCGACAUAGAUAUGCCCCCUCCUUGUCACCCGCAUCUUGAUUACAUUGCUCCUGAGCGUAUUCUUGGCUCUACAAAUACUGCAGCAAGUGAUAUGUUUGCUCUUGGGGCAUUAUUUUUUGCUGUUCAUAACAGCGGAAAAUCCGUAUUAAUGAAUUCUGGAUGCAGUAUGGCUUCUAUUAAGCAAAAUUUUAACCAGUUAAAAAUGCUCUCACAUAAUGCUUUGAGCUGUUUACCAGUUGAGUGCCGUGAUCAUGUUAAAAUGCUUUUAAACAUCACUCCGGAAUUAAGACCAGAUGCAUUCCAAACAUCAAAACUUUCAAUGUUUGAAGAUGUAGGUGUGAAAACUCUUCAGUACUUAGAUUCCUUAUACCAGUGGGAUAAUUUCCAAAAGUCUCAAUUUUAUAAAGGAUUGCCACAGAUUAUCAGCAAGAUGCCAAAGCGUGUUACCUUACAUCGAGUUGUUCCUUGCCUCGUCAAAGAGUAUCAUACUCCUGAAAUGGUUCCAUUUGUACUACCUAACAUAUUGUUAGUUGCAGAAGAUGCAACAAAAGAAGAGUUUCAGUCUUUGAUUUUGCAAGAUAUGAUUCCUUUGUUUAGAUUGCAGGAGCCUGUUCAAGUUACUUUAAUUUUCAUGCAAAAAAUGGAACUUCUACUAUCAAAAUGUCCCCAAUCUGUUAUUGGAAACCAUGUUUUGCCAAUGAUAUACCGAGCUUUAGAAUCAGAUGCGCAGCAAAUUCAGGAGCUUUGUUUGAGCAUCAUCCCAAAGUUUGCUAGUCUUAUAGAGUAUUCUGCAAUGAAAAAUGCUCUUCUACCACGCAUAAAAAAAUUAUGCAUUGCUACAAGCUAUUUAUCUGUUCGUGUUAAUUGCCUAGUAUGUUUAGGAAAAUUGCUUGAAAAUUUAGACAAGUGGCUAGUUUUAGAUGAAGUUUUGCCUUUUCUACCUCAAAUUCCAUCCAAAGAACCUGCUGUUUUAAUGGGCAUAUUAGGGAUACUGAAGUUGACUAUGUCUCACAAAAAAUUAGGUAUAACAAAAGAAAUAAUGGCUACCAAAAUAAUCCCUUUUCUUAUGCCAUUAGCUAUUGAAAAUGGACUCACACUUAAUCAAUUCAACUCCAUUAUGUUAGUCAUAAAAGAAAUGGUUAGCUUUGUUGAAAGUGAGCAUAAGUCAAAACUAGAGCAGCUGAAUUCCAUUCGACAGGAGCACAGUUCUGCUUUGGAAAUGACACAAAUUGUUCAAGGAAACCAGAAUCUUGUUCCUGAUUUCUCGCAAGAAGUAAACAAGAACAGCGUGGAUGAUAUGUUUAAGAAUUUAGGCUUAUUGUCGUUUGGAAAUUCUGACAAAAGUGGAAAGACUGCCAACAAUUCAGUGAAUAUUUUGAACAAUUCCUUGCAAAAUCAAAAAUCAUAUCAAAAGCCUUCCUCAAUGACUAUUGAAGAAAAGAAAACUCUUGCGUGGAAUCAAGAACAACAGCAAAAAUGGCAUUCUGGUAAAGGAGAUACUUUGCUACCAUCACAUGAUGCAACAUCUUCAUUAAUUAAUUCAAAUUUGAAAGGACUUAGUGCAGCUAAGACUAUGGAUUCUCUUCCUUCAUUAUCACCGAACUCAUCAUCAAAUUAUUUCCCAACCAAUUGGCCUUCUAAUGUAAAUGCAUCCUUGCAACAACCCCUUUCCCUAGGAGUUAAUUAUCCUUCAAUGAUUUCAAGUCCUCCUACACAGUUCCAGAGAUUACCAUUCCAACAAGUUCCUACAUCUCCACCUAGUAUGGAUUUACGUUCUUUGGAUAGUCUUCUUCCUAGCAUGGGUAGCAGGUCUUCAAUGACAUUGUCACAAAUGAGUGCAUCUAGUAAUAUAAGGCCUAUGACCCAAAUAUCUGUGACUCCUAAGAUUCCAUCACCUACCAAUUACACUCCUGCACCCAAUGCAGCUAAAAGUGAACUUGAUGACCUCCUUGGGUGAAUUAUUCCUCUGUUGGUAUUCAUAAUCAUUCCUUGUUUCUCAGUUGAAAAGUUUAUGUUUGUUUGUUGAAUUCAUAGUACUCUUUACAGUCUGACCACCAAUUAGAUGGAAAGCCAAACUUCUGGUUUAUAGGCGGAAGUGGACGCAUCUAUUAGUUUUCAGGGAUGCUGGCUUUUGCAUAUGUAUGUCAUUCUCUAAAUUAAGCACAGUCGUAUUUCAAAUGAUCGGAACAUGCGCAUCAAGUUUUUACUUUUUCCCUUCAUUCAGAUAGACACGUCUUAACUGGACGUUUGCUAAUUCCAUAUAAUCCAUGGUCAGACUGUACAUAUCUAGGUUCUCUCUUAAGGAUAUUGCUUUGAAAAUUAGUGAAAUGUUUGACCAGGCUAUUAGCCAUGGGUCACGCUUUUGCUGGAUUUAAAACCAGAUCUAACCAGCAAAAUCUUGGAUGACUAUAAGCUCACAAAAGCUUAUGACCUCAAAAAGAUGGCUUUUAUUGAUGACACUGGCUGUGAAAGCCUUGGUUCUUUUAAGUUUUGACAAAAAAACCUUUGUUACAAACUUUGUUUUGUUAAUUCAGAGGAUGCUCUUAGCAUUCCAUUUAUUGUAACUAGUUCUGCUUUUAAUUUUCCUCUUAUAGCAUCUGAGAACAUCUGCAAAAAACAUUUGUCAUUAAAAUAAUGACUUGUAUUUGUGUAAUAUUCGUUGCCGGUGUAAUUUAUUAGUUACUGAUAUGUAUUGUGUUUCAUAAGCAGCUUAUCUGUAUGUAUAUUAUAAAUAUUUACUGUGAUGCUUAUUUUUGUAUAAUAUUUUUAAAAAUAUUACAAUGUUGCAAUAAAAAGCUAAUGUUUUUGUCUACAUUUCUGUGAUAAUAAACAGUCAAAUUAAUUUUAUAAA